AUGGCCAACUCUCCACCCCCUCCCAACCGCCGCAACCCCAUACGCAACGCCGCACAAUGGCUCGCCCACGAACUAGGUCUGCACACCCUGCGCCACGCCGGAAAAGACGUCCACCUCAUCAUCCUAACCCGCUUCCUGCGCAUGUACGCCUACGGCUCCGUCGCGCUGGUGCUAGCGCUCUAUCUUCAAGCGCAGGGCCUCAGCGAUGCGGAAAUCGGCUUCUUCAUGACGCUGACGCUGCUCGGGGACGUGGUGGUCUCGCUGCUGCUUACGCUUGUGGCCGAUGCGUUGGGCAGGCGCAGGACGCUGAUGCUGGGCGCGCUGGGCAUGGCCGUCUCUGGGGCCGUGUUUGCGGUCUGUAGUAGCUAUGUGGUUCUGUUGGCUGCUGCGGUUGUCGGCGUGAUUAGCCCCAGUGGGAAUGAAAUUGGGCCCUUUCGGGCGGUCGAGGAGAGUACGCUUGCGCAUCUUGUUGGCGAGGAGCACAGGGCAGAUGUGUUUACAUGGUACGUCGCCUUCGCCGUGCUGGGCACCUCAACCGGCCUGAUUGUAGGCGGUCAAGCCGUCGAUGCCCUAGCUGCAAGAACAGGCUGGACAGAACUCGACGCAUAUCGUGCGGUGUUCUGGAUCUAUACUGCCGUCGGCCUGACCAAAGCCACCUCAACUCUCUUCCUCAGCCAGGCGUGCGAGCACAAGAAUACCCCCAAACCACAGCGCGAAGGGGAGACAGAACCCCUCCUGCCUAAUGCAGACGACGACGCGCACCCACCCACUUCUGACAGUCGCCUUGCUCAACCAGCAGUAGAGAAGAAGAAGAGUUGGAGCCCGUUUACUUCCAUCUCGCCCAAGAGCCGCGCGGUUCUUUUCAAGCUAUGCAGUCUGUUCUUCCUCGACUCACUCGGCUCAGGCAUGGUGCCCUUCUCUCUCAUCAACUUCUACCUGGACCGCAAAUUCGGACUUCCCAAGGGCAAACUAGGCGGGAUCAUGAGCGCGACUUGGUUCCUCUCCACGCUAGGCAACAUCUUCUCCGCCUCUUUAUCUCGCCGCCUCGGCCCCAUCAACGCAAUGGUGUCCACGCACCUCCCGAGCUCAAUCUUCCUGGGAACCAUCCCCCUGGCGCCCUCCCUCCCACUAACCAUCGCCUUCCUCAUCGGCCGCUCCCUCCUAAGCUCCAUGGACCAAGCGCCCCGCUCCGCGUUCCUGGCCAGCGUCGUGCUGCCCGAGGAGCGCACGGCCGUCAUGGGCAUUGUGAACACGUUGAAGAUUCUGAGUCAGAGUGCGGGGCCCUGGCUUACGGGCUUGCUGGCUGGGAGCGGCCGGUUCUGGGUCGCGUUUGUGGUUGCGGGCGCGCUGAAGGCGGCGUACGAUGUCCUGCUGCUGUCCUUGUUUGGGGGGCGGGGGUUUGGCCGGAAGAGCGAGGGCACGAGGGGUGAGGUGGUGCGGGAUGGCGAGGGGGGAUCGGACGAUGCUGGGGUAGGGGCUGCGACGGUGCGGUAG